GGUGGGCGUCGGGUGGCUAGUGGCUCCUGAUCUGACGUCAUUUUCUGGGGUAGCUUCGUGUUCGCAGCUGUACAACACCACCUGUUGCCAACACACCAACUCACGAUCUUACAUUGUAUAUCAGAACACAUUCAAGAGCUUCUCUAUCACAGGAAUUACUUGUUUCUAUUUCGAAUCGAUCCCCAGGCCUCACCUACUACAAUGGAAGCUGGAGCAGCUGGAGUGCUCUAUGCAGCUGAGAACCUCCUCGGAGGCGCUGUAGCCCUCGUCAAGGGCAUGAAACACCCAACACUGCCUCUCAAAGCUAAUAUCACACGCAUAUCAUCUGUUCCGCUCCCGCGAUCGCACCACACAGUUUCGGUAGUCAAGGGUCGAGCUUACAUCUUCGGUGGAGAAACCGAAGCUGGCACGCUUGCAGACAAUGACAUGCACGUUGUGAUUCUUCCCUCAAGCGGAGUACUUGACGCCGACUAUACAAAAUACCCUGCUCGAUCGGCCAAUGGCCUGGACGACGUACCGAAUUCGAGAAAGGGACACACAGCAGCUGUGAUCGACGAUCAUAUCUACAUAUUUGGGGGUGAGGGAGAAGGUGUCACAGACGAAAAGGGAAGAGUAUGGGUGUACAACACGGUAUCGAAUACUUGGUCGUAUCUCGACCCGGCGGUAGAUACGCUCUAUCCCAGUCAUCGAUCAGGCCAUGCCUCGGCGAGCUCAGAUCUCCCAAGCCCAAAGACUACGACAUACGUUGAGAAGGCACCGCAAGCACCCGCAGAUCCUGCAAUGCACGUGCCAGAGCCACCUGAAUCGAACUCGUAUGGUACCAUCUUUAUUGUGGGUGGCCGCGACAUGGCAAAGAGUGAACUCUUAAGCGAUGCAUUAGCAUUCGACGUCAAGACGCGAACAUGGUCCAAUAUCCCAUCGCCAUCAGGUCACCCACGAGAAGGUGCAAGUUUGGCCCUGGUUGGAAACCGCCUAUACCGCUUUGGCGGCAAAGGUGUGGAAACCUUUGCCUCUGGUGCGAUGGAAUGUGUUGACGCUUCCCACGUCUGGACACAUGCAGAACGCGGUACAACGCCAGUAUCGAGCGGUUGGGGUUGGGAGGAAGUGAAGAAAUCAGACCGAGAGGGCAGCACCGCUGUAGCACCUCAGGCACGCUCAUAUGCAGGGCUGGUAGGAGUCACUACGGGUCAAGGACGGUACUACCUGUUGGCUAUUGGUGGUUUGACCGAAAACGAGGAAUAUCUCGAUGACAUUUGGGCUAUGCAGCUCGCCCCUGAGAAAUCGACAGCUGCAGCUGCAAAGGACAGCAUUCGCGCGCACAUCAAGAAGGACACACAUGAGUCGCAAUGGGCCGAGGUGAUUUACCACUACGUCGAUACAAAAGGAGAAGAAGAAAAGGAGAUACCAGGAAAGCCCAAGAGGGGGCUUGGCGCACGAGGCUACUUUGGCGUCUCGAAGGGUACCGAGGUUGAUGGAGCUACAGCUGUGGUGUGGGGCGGCGUUGAUGCGAACGGCAAGGUCCUAGAAGAUGGGUGGAUGAUCACUGUUGACAGGUGAGUCGCCGUUCCUUGCGCGCCAAAAAUAUAAGUAUGCAAACGAAGAAUAUGGACGCCCAACUGAAUAGCGAAUAAAUUGCAACAUGCCAAGGAGGUAGUAGCUUAUGCGCUGAACUUACGUAUGCAUACAUUAAUCAUUCUCACCCUUUAGCGCUACGCUAUGCAUGUGGUGGUUUCCUAGGGAUAAAGAACAGAUGCGCCUAACCAUCGCAUGUCUUAUCACGUACGCACUGCACAUAGCCGAUUGUGUCGCUUGACAUGUUACUCGCCUGCUCUUGGAUCGCCCAAAUCGCGGCGAAAUAGUGCGAUUUUACUUCGAAGCCCAUCUUGAACUCUUUGACUUCUGAGGCGCUAGGCAGAAAC